AUGUGCUAUGCUGACGAAUUACCGAAAAAUGGUCUGAUUUUUUGUGCAAAUCGGGAUGUUUUAAAACCUCUGACUUCAUUCUCCGGGCGUGGCUUGAACAAGCAUCUUUCUGCCAGUGUAGCCAAUUUCCUCCGAUACUGUGCCAUACAGGCUUCCACGAGUGACAUAAUCCCCAGGGAUGGUGCGCGCUACAAACGCUGCGAGAAAACAUGUCGGAGUCCUGAAUCGUUUGCACUCUCAUCAAACAAAACAAAAGUGAAUGUGGUUAAUCAAUGCCAGGAAUGCAACCAAACGUUCUGUCAACUAUCAGCGGCUUUAAAUCAUCAGAUUACUCACUCAAGCGCGCGCUUCUUCGAAUGCCAGUUGUGCACGAAAGCCUUCAAGUAUUGGCGUGGGCUUCAUCGCCACACUAUUACAAACCAUCCAGGUACAGCUGCUUUGAAAAUCCAGACAACUUCAAGGCAGCAGAUUUGUGAGUCGGAAAAAAAAGGAAACCCUUGUUCUGAAUGUGGCCACUUUUUUAAGCAGUGGCGUAUCCUGCGGAUGCACCAAAAAUCGGUACACAAAAAAGAGACUCGCAAUAUCUGCGAUAUAUGA